AUGGGGUUUUCUUUGAGUUGUGUUGUCUUUCUCGGCCUGACACUGUCUCAACUGGUUUCGCUCUCCCAAGGUCAAACUUGGGGGGCUGAAACAGUUUCAGACAGCCUUCGUCCGCAAACAGCAUGGGAAUCAAACUUUCUCGGCACGAACGUAAUUGUCACUGCUGCUGGGCAGUCGGUUCUAAGUGCUAUUAGCUCAUGCAAUGGUAUUGUCGGCUCAACUGGAUAUUGCACUGUGGACAUUCAAGGCGAUCCUUCUGAUUCUUCUAUUAUCAUCAGUCGCUCCCGCACGAAGCUCACUUCUUCUACUGGUGCCGAUAUUACUUCAUCGGGUGCCGUCACGUUUAUUGGUAUCUACUCAGGAAUAGAACAGGUCAUCAUCGAGAAGCUCUCAUUGCGUGGGCACACUGCGUCUGAGGUUUACGGCAUUUUUCUAAACAGCGGAGACAUUAACAAGGUCAUCAUUCGCGAAAAUACUAUUUACGACUUUGAUGGUACCGAUAAUGCCCACGGUAUUGCUGUAUACGGUAGUGGGUCCACUCCAAUUCGAAAUGUCAUGAUAGAAAAGAAUGAAGUCUAUAACAUGCGGACUGGGUCCAGUGAAAGCAUAGUUGUUAACGGAAACGUGUAUGGGUGGGCAAUCAAUGACAACUACGUCCACGACGUGAACAACAUCGCUAUCGACGCAAUUGGAGGAGAAGGAACGUUACCGCCUUCAGCGGGUGCCAGUGGUCCGCAUCCGGACGACGCUGCCCGAGGUGGUUUUAUAGAGUACAAUGUCGUCAGAAGAAUGAGCACAGCGACGAAUAGUGCGUACGGAAAUGAAGAAUCGUGGGCGGCUGGCAUCUACGUGGAUGGUGCUCGAGAUAUUAAAAUACAGCUGAAUGAGGUCUACGACGCACCAUGGGGUUACGAAGUGGGAGCUGAGAACUGCAUCAUCACAGAAGACAUAACGGUGGUCGACAACUUUGCUGAAGGCAGUUUCUACGGCGAUUUCCUCGCAGGUGGCUACGCAGCAGGUGGUUUCGAAACAGGAGCGUAUCAGUGUAAUCCUCUCAGUACUCAAGAUGCUGAUGAGGGCCACGGAAAUGUUGAGCGCAUUACUGUUCAGAACAAUGAAUUCACCACGACGGGGGGGACCGAAGACAAUGUUUACGUGCAAAAACGAACGACACUCUCGAUCAUUGCCAUUGACGAACCAGGAUUCUCUGCGGUCAACCCAACCGGUACUGGAUGUACAUCUCCGUGCGAUGCGAACUCGUACAGGACCUCGUAA